AUGACAGUAUUUGGUCACCGCGAUACUAAUAAGUUUUGGGUCUGUGUAGGAAGAGCCACCGACCGAUAUUCUUCUUCAAAAGUUAAGGUAAAAGUUUGGCAUAAUGAAGUUAAUAACGAGUCGAAACCCGUAGAAGUAUCACCAGGGUCAUCUGAGUCUAGUGAAUCUGUCGAGUCUGGAGAAAAGCCCGAUGGACCAGUACUAGUGGAACCUGAACCCGAAAAGCCAGAACCCAUCGAAGUUGAAGACCCUCUGCCAGAACCCGUCGAAGUCGAAGGACCUUUGCCAGAACCCGUCGAAGUCGAAGGACCAGUGCCAGAGCCCGUCGAAGUUGAACGACCUUUGCCAGAACCCGUCGAAGUCGAAGGACCUUUGCCAGAACCCGUCGAAGUCGAAGGACCAGUGCCAGAGCCCGUCGAAGUUGAACGACCUUUGCCAGAACCCGUCGAAGUCGAAGGACCUUUGCCAGAACCCGUCGAAGUCGAAGGCCCAGUGCCAGAACCCGUCGAAGUCGAGAACCAAUAA